GUAUUUUGCUGGGAUUGCAUACCUCCUGGUCCCUUUAUUCUGGAAUCAUUAUUUGUGAGGUUUGAGAUCAUAAAAUGCUCCUAGCUGAAUUCAUGGUCUGUACAUCAUACUGGAUUUGUUAGCCGUGGCCUGGAGAGAGAUAACUCAAAAAUAGCAGCUGUACUGAAGAUCAUAAAUGAAUUAUUGUGGUUUAUAUUUUUGCAGUAUUUGAAUGGGCUGCAUACAAGGCAGGACUGGAGCAAGGGUCCAUUUUUAGCAGCAAUUAUUUGGAACCAUUCCUGAUGUACAAACCGCUGAAGGUGCUAUUCACUGGCAAAUUGGUGACCUACCAAAGUCGGAAGAAUCUCAGACAAUUUGGAUCUCUUUCUGGUCUACGGCAAAGCAACCAGCCCACCUCCCCCUUUAUCCUGAAUAUACAUGAGGGCUAGAUGUAUUUGUUCAACAUAAUUUCAUCAGUCCGAGUUAAAUUUCUUCCUUCAGUAUGGCCUGGGGUAUGCAUAAGUUCAAUACAGUUCCAAUGUUCCACGGGCCAUUUCCCGUAAGUUUACACUCAGCUUCAGCAGUAAUAUCCUCUGUCUGUAUCAUCAUGCUUACUGCAGUAGAUAAUCAGGGCAAAUAAAAAAAAAGGGCAACCUGGUAUCGGAGAGAAAAUUGUUGAGCAUUUUUGAGCACCAAAAUAUCCCAACUUUUCAAAUACUUCAAAGAGCAAAGUAGAUAAUAUUCGGGGCAAAUCGUGUUUGUUGGAGUUUGCUUUCUUGUUGAUUUGUGAAAAGAGCAAAGUAUGGCAAUUAAUUUUCGGCUGCAACUAAUGUGCUAAGAAUAAGAAAGCAGUCUUCUGGCAAAGUUAAGAUGCUUGAUUAUCUGAAUCAAUCCUUUAUAUAUUCACAUGCCCAUAUAAAGUACAUGACGUUUCAUUGUGACUGCAUAUCCUCCUGGCGGCAACUGUUCAUUUGUUAUUAAAACUCAUCAGUCCAGUCUGGUGCCUAUAAACGCAUUAGUCUGGUGCCUAUAAAAAGCAGAGAAAGACAGAAGGACAAGAGACCGAUUGGUGGAGUGGUAAUAUUCACCAGCAGACAAAGAAAAAGAAAAAAAGAUAGAAAGAGAAAACUGAAAAAAAAAGCAUGCACAUAUGCACAACGAAUCAUUGAUGCCUUGCCUCCCCUAAAGAAAAAAAGAUAAAAGGCUGCAUGCAGGUGGCUGCCUUUGCUGGGUGUUAUGAGGGAGAGUGUGUGUGUGUGUGAGAGAGAGAGAGGGGGGAGAAGGGGAGAGGGAGAGAGGGGAGGGAGGGAGGGAGGGAGAGGUGACUUGCACCGCGCGCACUGGGUGGGGGGCACCCUACCCGCCUCAGUAAGUCGGCACAGCCUGGAUGGCUGGAUGGUAAUGUCAUUAUGGAAAUAAUUAAUUGUGCAGUUUUACCAGCAAUUAUUUGGAACCAUGCUUAUCUUGUUCAACUGCUCUAAGGUUCACACAUGAAAAAAACAUUUUAUGUAGGGCUCAGCCUGCUUGCUACACAACUCGCUGUGCAUUCACUGCCAUCCAGUUUUCAAAUUAAACAUCUUUUUCUGGUCUACAUGAUACAGUCAGGUAGUAGGAUCCUUACUUCUCCCUACCCCUUUCUACCUUGCUGAAGACCUAUAUGUAACUUAUAGUGGUUUAUAUCUUGAAGUCGAAGCCCACCUCCCCUAUCCAGAAUCUCUUACAUAUCUGAAGGCUUAUUCUGCAGUUGAGUUGAAUUUCUUACUUCCAUAUGGACUGGGGUAGCAUAAGUUCAUUAUUAGUUUCAAUGUUCUAUGGGCCAUCUCCAGUAAGUUUGCACUCAGCUUCAGCAGUAAUUUGACUAAUUUCCUCUUCCCUAUCAUCAUGGUUAUUGUAGUAAAUAAUCAGGGCAAAUAUCAGAGAGAAAUUUGCGAACUUCAGAAUCUGGGAAUUGUAAUACAAAUUCAAAUAGUCUCCAGAAUUUUCAUGUGUUCAAAAAUAUGAAUUGCAGUAAUUAUGAUUUGUAUUUGCCAGGCAGUUUUGUUAAUUGGUCAUUUAUCAUGAAGAACAUGCGAUUAUAUGCUGAAACUAAGUUCGCAUCAUAUGUUAUUUUGUUCUAUUUGGGGUCUCCCACCAGCUAUGUGAAAAGUUGGAGAUUGCUUUCUCUCUUUUUUUUGUAGAAUUCUGAUUUGUGAAAAAAACGAACCAUGGUAAUUAAUUUUCGGUUGCAACAAAUGUGCUGGAAGAAAAAGCAGUUGUCUGGCAAGGUUAAGAUGCUUGAUUGACUGACUUGACGAUUCAAUUAAACAAGGUACAAUAUUGUAGCAAAUAACUGUUUGAACACUAUAUAGGCACCCAAUCCUUAUAUAUUCCCAUGUCCAUACAAAUAUAUGGCAUUUCGUUGUGACUUCAUAUCCUCCUGGCAGCAACUGGCUGGUUGUUGCUCGAAACUUAUUAGUCCGUCUGGUGCUCCUGAACUCAUUAGUCAGUCGGGCAUGGUACCAUACAAAAAAAGAAGGAAAGAAAAAACAGAAUACAAGAGACUGAUUGGUGGGGUGGUAAUGUUCAACAGCAGACAAAGAAAAGGAAAAAGGAAAGAAAGGGAAAAGUAAAAAACAGUAAGCAUACAUGCACAAUGAACCAGUGAUGCCUUGCUUCCACCAGAAGGAAAGUGAAGGAGAAAAAUAUUGUGUACAGGGCAAGUAAAAAAAUAGAAAGAAGAAAAGACAGGGUUGCAUGCAUGUGCGUGCCCGAGCUGGACGAGGAUAUGCUUUUCACCUAUCAAUCUUAUGGGGUAGGGAGGGGGAGAGAGAGAGAGAGAGAGAGAGAGAGAGAGAGAGAGAGAGAGAGAGAGAGAGAGAGAGAGAGAGCUCUAAUUGUAAUGGGUGUCUCAGGUGCUGUGCAAUGGUGGGAGGAGUGGCAGCUGCGUAUCCUCGUCCUUGCUAGCCUGGGGAUUCAGUACAUCCUUCUGGUUGCUUCGACCGCACGUAAGUUCCCUAUCAGAUCCUGGUUUAGACCUGUCAUCUGGCUCGCAUACCUUGGCAGUGAUGCCAUUGCAAUCUAUGGGCUUGCCACCCUCUUCAACCGCCAGAAGAAGCAGGAUGGACACGGUGUUCUGGAGGUGUUGUGGGCUCCUAUUCUCCUGAUACACCUCGGUGGACAGGAUGGCAUAACCGCCUACAACAUCCAAGACAACGAGUUGUGGACGCAGCACAUCCUCACCGCGCUGUCUCAGGUCACCGUGGCCAUCUACGUCUUCUGCAAAUCAUUUCCAAGCAGUGAUAGGAGGCUGCUCCAGGCAGCAAUAUUGCUCUUCAUCCCUGGUAUCCUUAAAUGCUUCGAGAAGCCCUGGGCUCUCAAUAGAGCUAGCAUUAAUAGCCUUGUCAGCUCCGGUGAGCCUAUUCGGGGGCCAACAGAUAUGCUGGUAGACCGCACUCCUUUUAACCUAUUUGUGGACCUUACAUCUCCUUGUACGGAUGAUCGGAUCAGGAUGCGACAGCUCUUCUUAGCAGUUGAUGAAAAGUAUGUCUAUCGUAUGCUGCACAGUUGGCUCUCUGAUACCUUCCAACUCCUCUACACCAAAGAAAAGAUGUUCUCCCGCAGCAAAAUAUUUCAAUCCUCACCUGGUUACAUUUGCAGUGCUCUUCUCCGUCAAUUAGCUAUGUACCUUCCAUAUGCAGCCAUAGCCCUCUUCCACCAGUCACAGAGAAGCUUACAGUGAAGACGAUGUCAAUGUUACAUAUGUCUUGCUCUCUUGUACUGCUGUCCUGGAGCUUUUCAGCGUUUCCCUAAACAGCAACCCAAGGGUCCGCGGAGUUUCAUGGUUAUCAACAAAAAUGAAGCCUUAUCAUGAUAUGGUUUCCCAAUACAACCUUAUAGGACUCCUUGUCCGCAACAGGAAGCAUCCCAAGAUGACGAGUAUCGUGAAAGUCUUGGGAUGCACCGACUUCCUUCAGCAACAUUGGCGCAUGAAGUCUUGCUUCUCAUCCUUCAGCAUUACAAAGUUAGUGCUCCAGUAUGUAAAAGAUGGGUGGAAGUACAAAAUAGAAGAUGUUUCUACUUACAGGAAGUCCAAUGACAACAGGGGCCAGUAUACUCUUGAAUGCCAAGGAUGCUACCAGAAACUGGGCUGGAGCUUAGAGGCUGCAUUCGAUGAGAGUGUUCUUCUCUGGCAUCUCGCCACGGAUUUCUGCUACUACAAUACAAGGGUGCAUCUCAUUCUCAGCAUGGAUCGCAGUGCACACAUGAUUCAUGUCCUCAUGCUUGGUGCCGAAAGUCUGGCCGUCACAAGAGGGCUAUCCAGUGCAGAGAAAUGUCUAACUACAUGGCGUACCUGCUGUAUGUGAAUCCUGAGAUGUUAAUGGCAGGCAGCAGAAGGAGGCUUUUCACAGAUGCUUAUGAAGAACUGGAGGAACUGAAGGGCAUCAUCAUCCAGGGAGACGAGCAACCUCCCAAGGAAAGAGAGCUUACACAGAGGAUAAUUGCUGAGGUGGGUGGUGGAGGUGCAGGUACCCAACACCCCCAGGGAGGAAUUAUCCGCGACGCUUGGAGAAUUUCCAAAGUGUUAUCGGAUCUCCCUGAAGACAAGAUGUGGACUGUGAUUGAAGGCGUGUGGGUGGAGAUGUUGUGCUUCUCUGCCGCUAGAUGCAGAGGGUACCUGCACGCCAAGGGUCUGGGCACAGGCGUGGAGUACCUCACCUAUGUCUGGCUCCUAUUGUACUACAUGGGGAUGGAGACUUUGGCAGACAAACUGCAGAGGGUGGAUCAUCAUCGCCAUCACCAUCGCAACGGAGGAGGGCAUGGGGAUGGCCCAUCAACUUCUGGUGUCAGCAGGGCCGCCACUGCCCAAGAGGAAGCUGCUGGUCCUUCAAGAUCAAGUGGUGGUGCCGCCGAGGAACAAGCCACCGGUCAAUCCGCCGGUUACCAUGACAGUGAUGGCAUAGUAGAAGAAAUCGUCUGAUUCACUAUGAUGAUUCUGGGUGCCAAUCGUCCUUUCUGAUGCUGAAUUCAAUAAAGAGUGUGCAAUGUCGCGUGUUUUGGAGCCUCCUUCCUUCUUCUCUAUCCUGUACCGUGAAUAUAUAUUACCGAAGCACCAUUCUUCUUACUGAUUCGGAUCUCUAAUUUACAAGGGAGACAGAGGUUUUGUGCAUUGUUCAUUCAGUUCCCCGUCAUAGUAGGUUAGUUUCAUCAGUUCCUCCUAUUGUUUGUGCCUCACCCACAAAAUGGCUACGUGAAAGAUGUGGUUUUCUUUCAUUCUCGUUCGUCAAAAGAGCAACCCACGGUUUCUAAUUAACAGUUGGUGCAACAAAUUAGUCUGAAGAACGUCAUUCGUCUGACAGAACAAGAUGUGCUCUAAUAAACGAGGUACUGUAUGCAUCAACGACAAUUUCAACCCAGUGCGAUACAUGCCUUGUACGUACAGGGUAUGUAACUUCCUUUUGACUGCUUGCUACUUACAGAGCGUCCCCAUGGUUCCAUUUUGCAUGCGUGGCUAGCAUUGUUUUGUUUUUGGAAAAAGAAAAGAAAACGCACUCAUGUUUCGCACUGGGUUCAUCAUCUCCUUUAGCCAAUGUUUUGGUAUGUCAAGUGGAAGAUGCCCACUGCCUGGUCAUACUUUGAUGCGACGCUCGGUUAUGUACCGGGCCUUUUUCAAGCAGCUGCUAAAUGUUUUGGGGCAAAUUCCUGCAGAAGUCCUGCAAUUGCUUGUUUGUAUUGCUAUUACUCGUAGUGACUGUGUAUU